AUGAAAUUCGUUGCCAUUAUCUUCGUGCUGGCUUUGUUUGUUGGAGGCAACGAGGCUUGGUUAAGGCGAAGAAGAAGGCGCACUCCUACCCCUUGCAGACCUCGUAAUUGUCAACUCAGCGCCUGGUCGCAGUGGAGUUCGUGUCCGUGCGGAGCAAGUGGAACUCGAAAUAGAACAAGAAGAAUCAUAUGGCCAGCAACUUGUGGAGGUACAUGCUUUUUCCAUCGAUCAGAAAUGCAAUUUUGCAAGAGAGACUGUCAGAAUUCGGGAAUACCUACGAGAAACGGUUGCCUCUGCCCGCAUGGUUUUCUGGGAGCGUGCUGCGAAAUUGCAGUACCUUUAACAACAAGAGGAGAUCUAGAAUUGCCGACAACAACUGCCAGAAGUCAAACGCCAACACCAAGAACAUCAGCAACAAAACCAAGAUCAAGAUUAACGCCACUAGAAACAUCAGCAACAGCAGCACCAACAACAACAAAAAGAUCCUCAUCAACAACAACAAAAGUGGAACAAAUACACCCAUCAUCGACAAUUCCAACAGUAUCAACAGAACAGCCACAGUCAAACGCAACAUCGAGGAUAACCCCAGCAACACCAUCAACAAGCGCCACAGCUUCAUCGUCAGCGAUACCAUCCGCAAAGCUUCCACCGGAGCAUUUCCCAAACUUUCUUUCUUUUAACAAUGGAAACUAUAAUGUAUCCUGGAUUUACAACAGUGAGACAGACAGAUUACACUUUAUGAUCGAUGUCAUGGCAACCGGUUGGGUUGGGUUUGGUGUUGCCCGUCGUGCUCCGACGGGCAUGCAGGGAUAUGAUGUGGCGGUUGGUGGAGUUUUAAAUGGAUUGGCUUAUUUGCAGGAUUAUCUCACAGUUGGCCUAGCACAACCUCAAGUUGACGGUCAGCAAGACUGGGCAUUAACUUACGCCAAAGAAGAAAAUGGAAAAACAACAUUGCAGUUGUAUCGCAGGAGAGACACUAGAGAUCCAAUAGGUGACGUCCGCAUACAGCAAGGAGCACCGAUUUUCCUUAUAUGGGCAUACCAUAUGACGAAUGACGCCCAGUCAGGCCUAUUGACGUUCCACGGUGGCAGAUCCAGAGGUUUCAGAAACGUUCUUCUAAUACCUGUCAUUACACCCACAGUGACAAGUCCAUCUGGUUUUCCAUCCGCGACACUCCAGCCAUCACCAUCUCCAGCUUUUGGUGGCAUGAAUGCGACAUCGUCUACAAAGCCACCCUUUACAGGAUGUGGAGGAAUAUUAAACAUGACAAGUGGAACAUUUGCAACUCCUGGAUAUCCAUUUUCCUACACUAACAAUUUGAACUGCCUAUGGACUCUUCCUAUCCCUACCGACGGCGUUUUGAGUCUACAGUUUGAAAGAUUUACCACAGAGCGGUGCUGUGAUUUUGUUGAGCUGACAGUCCGCACCGGGCAGUUAGCAAGAUUGAGUGGUUCUAGGAACGGAUUCAACAUCACAGUAAGAGGCGACAGAAGUCGGGUACUCAGUAUCAGAUUAACAACUGAUGGAUCGGUCACAGGACUUGGUUUCUUGGCUCGCUACGUCAUAAUAUUCGUGCCACAGCCUACAUCUUUUACUCCUUUUAACAACGUAACCUCGCCAAACACAGUACAACCACCUUCAAAUACCACACUUGUGAUCUUACCAACGGAAGUUCGAAGAGCUCUUGUUGAUUUACUCGUAUCUCUUGGUCGAAUUAUCGUGAGGCUCCAAGGACUUAUCCAAGGAGAACUAACUAACGACGCUUUUGGAAAUUUCCGAAAUGACACCCUGCUGAUUUUACAGCAAGCUGAGAGGCAGUUGGCAAGGCCUAGUGGCAGGUAUUUCGGAAAGAGGGCGAUACACGAGCUACCUGACCCAGAAGAACUGGCUCAAAUGAUGGACGAGAUUCAACGACGACUGUUAGACUAA